GGGCCGGGCGGUUCUCAGGACGACCACAGAGCGGGACCUGGGCUGGGGUGACCACUAGACUGAGCUGGGGCGAACCCUGGGCGGGGGCCGGGGCACGGGGCAGCAGUCGUUGUUCCAGCCGCCACCGUGACUGGGCUAGGUCCGCCGGCGCCAGGCCCGGCCGGGUCAGACCUCGGGCAUCCGGCGGCGGGUCUGCGGCCGAACGGAGGGCGCAGGUGAGCCUAGGACGCUGAGCGCGCUGCCUUACUCUGCCACGGUGGGGUGGAGGGCUGGCCCGGGGUGCCGGAUGGACUUCUGCAGCUCCGUGAAGUGCAGCUUUGACCGCCCCUUUGGUGCCUGUUCUCACGAGUUCGCUUUUUAAGACCAGCAAGCUGGCUUUGGGGAUCUAAGAGAUUUUUCUGGGUUUUCUCAGGCAUCAGUGAGAACUCAAGUCUCCAGCCAUGCAGCUACAGGCCCUGCUCCAAAAGGACCGCCCCAUGCCACAAAGAGAGCCACCCGAGUUUUCAUGGCAUCAAGCUGGCGAUCUCUGACGUGCAUCCUUGACAACAAGAGUUGCUUGUUAACCUCCCAGGGAGGAUCCCUUUCCUUGGGAGGGCCAGGCUGAGUGGGUCAGGGCUGGCCAGGUCCAGACUAUGCCGUCCAAGUCAGCUUGCCUGCGUCACAUGGAGGCACCUGGGCAACUGGAAGGCAGAAUACUCCAGGGACAGCUUCCGAACACGGAAAAGAUGCUCAUCCCAACACCAGGCUCCUUACCAGCCACUGACUCUCAGGGUUCAGAGACAAAUCCCAUUCCUCCUUUCAGCAUUCCAGCAAAACCAAGCAACCAGAACCCACAAGCUAAGGCAAACCUCAUCACCCCACAGCCACCCAUUAGACCCAAGUUGGAGCGAACCUUGUCCCUCGAUGACAAGGGCUGGAGAAGGAGGCGUUUCCGGGGUAGUCAGGAGGAUCUGACUGUCCAGAAUGGGGCCAGUCCCUGCAGGGGCUCCUUGCAGGACUCAGUAGCCCAAUCCCCUGCCUACAACCGUCCCCUGCCCUGCCUCAGCACAUCCUUGCAGGAGAUACCUAAGCCCCGAAGGGCCACAGGCAGUGAGGGAGGGAGCCCAUCCUUAUGGAGUGACUGUCUUUCUGGAAUGAUCAGCACCUCCUUGGACUUCCUGCACAGAGAGGCUACCUCAGGUGGGCCCCCCUCCAGGUUGACAAGUUUGCAUGCCUCACACACACCGCCAGCUGUGGACCUCAACAUAGCCUCCAGCUCCCUGAGAACAGCAAACAAGGUUGACCCUGAGCACAAGGACUACAAGCUCCGCAUGCAGACCAGACUGGUCAGGGCCCACAGCAACCUGGGCCCUAGCAGACCCCGGAGCCCCCUGGCUGGUGACGAUCACUCCAUUCACUCAGCCAGGUCUUCCUUCAGCCUUCUGGCCCCCAUCCGCACCAAGGACAUCAGAAGCAGGAGCUAUCUGGAGGGAAGUCUUCUGGCCAGUGGGGCCCUGCUAGGAGCAGACGAGCUGGCCAGGUACUUCCCAGACCGAAACAUGGCUCUCUUCGUGGCUACCUGGAACAUGCAGGGCCAGAAGGAGCUCCCAGUGAGCCUGGACGAGUUUCUGCUCCCCACUGAGGCUGACUACACUCAGGACCUGUAUGUCAUUGGAGUUCAGGAGGGCUGCUCUGACAGGCGAGAGUGGGAGACACGCCUGCAAGAGACACUGGGCCCUCAGUAUGUACUACUGUCAUCAGCAGCACAUGGGGUUCUGUACAUGUCCCUGUUUAUCCGUAGGGACCUCAUCUGGUUCUGCUCAGAGGUCGAGCACUCCACAGUAACUACACGCAUCGUGUCUCAGAUCAAGACCAAGGGGGCCCUGGGUGUCAGCUUUACCUUUUUUGGCACCUCUUUCCUCUUCAUCACAUCUCACUUCACCUCUGGAGAUGGGAAGGUAGCUGAGCGGCUACUGGACUACAGCAGAACCAUCCAAGCCCUAGCCCUGCCCCGGAAUGUGCCAGACACAAACCCCUACCGCUCUAGUGCAGGGGAUGUCACUACCCGGUUUGAUGAGGUCUUCUGGUUUGGGGACUUCAACUUCCGCCUGAGUGGUGGACGAGUGGCUGUGGAGGCCUUCCUGAAGCAGGACCCGGAGGUGGAUGUGCUGGCACUCCUGCAACAUGACCAGCUCACCCAGGAGAUGAAGAAAGGGUCCAUCUUCAGGGGCUUUGAGGAGGCAGAAAUUCACUUUCUCCCAUCCUACAAGUUUGACAUUGGGAAGGACACCUACGACAGCACCUCCAAGCAAAGGACACCCUCCUACACGGACCGUGUCCUAUACAAAAGCCGUCACAAGGGUGACAUCUGUCCCAUGAAGUAUUCCUCUUGCCCUGGGAUCAAGACUUCGGACCACCGUCCUGUGUAUGGCUUGUUCCGGGUGAAAGUGAGGCCAGGACGAGACAACAUCCCAUUAGCUGCCGGCAAGUUUGACCGAGAACUAUACUUGAUAGGAAUUAAAAGACGAAUUUCAAAAGAGAUUCAAAGACAAGAAGCACUGAAGACUCAGAGCUCCAGUGCCGUCUGCACCGUGUCUUGAAGUUUUCAGACCAGGACUGACCACUGCAGCUGGGGGACCAAGGUCACUGCAAAGAGAUGGGCUUGUUCUCUGAUGCUCUUGUAAUGCUGGGGUUCUAAUAAACCAUAGGUAGGGGCUCCCCUGCUCUCACCACAGACCCACCCCUCAGGACAGCAGUGGGCUGUGGCCAGGGCAAGCCUCAUUUAUCUCAUGUUCCCACUGGCACAUGGCAGGGAUUUGCUGAGUGGGGCAUGUGGACACCAAGCAGGUUUCACCCUACAGGAGCAAUCCUGACUUCUUUCCCCUCAACACUAGUCUCAACCUUUAUUCCUGUUCUCAUGCUCAAGCCCAGGUUCUAGAUGUGUAUCCUCUUUAUAGCUCCUUUCCUUCAGGGAAGGGUCAGGCAACCUCUGGAAUCUUAGAUGCUCAAUGCCUAAAACCUGCCAGACUAGAAUUCUGGAAUAUUCCUACAGUCAUUUUGACAGGCUCUGAGGUUCUACAUCCUGGUCCCAGGUUCCCAGCCCCUAGUUGAGUAGGAAGCGUCUCUCUACAGGCCCAGCGCAGCUGUAUUAAACUCAGUUUUUAGGAGCUUCAGACCAUUUGCUUUUGUGCUGCGAGUCCCAGAAGGGCAUUAGAAAUUGUGUUGCCAGGCAGCACCUUGCUGGGUUUCACUCCUUGAAGAAAGCUUAGGACUCUUCAUUACUCUCAAUCUUACCCCUCCCUUCAGAGACAUAGCCUUGAAUGUACAGACACCUAGGGGCAUCCACUCUAGUCUUCUAUUUAUUUUUCCAUAUUUAUAUUUUUAAAUAAAUAAGGAUAUAUUCAAUUGUAAACUCUUUCUGGACAAAGACUAAACCUUGGAAGAAGCAGUCUGCAUGCAUCUUGAGGCCUCAGGACACCCCAGGGUUUUAAAAGGGCAUAGAAGUCAAAAGCACCAAAUUUGGUCUCAGCUGUCACCUGCUACUCAGUCCCAUCCUAGGUCCUUCUGCUAGGUGUUGUCCUUGCUUACAGCCAGAAGCAGCAACAGGUGGAAAAAGUGAUGACUUGGAGCUCCAGCAAACCGUAGUAAAAUAAGCCAACAACUGAGAUGAAACUCAACAGCAUCAGCUUCUACAAUAUGGGUGUCAGCAAAGCCAAGUCACCUGCUUCAAUAAACCAGUCAAAUGUAGAAAGUGCCAGAAUGUCGAAUGUCAAACCAGUGAACCGCAAACUCCACCAAGACUCAUAGUAAAGAAGCUUUUUCCCUCCCAGACAGGCAACCCUGGGCCUAACCUAUUCCUGGCUUGAGUGAGGUUUGAUGUGGCCGUUCCAGUUUUCUCUGUAGCCCUGGCUGUCUUGAAACUCUUUCUAUAGACCAGACUGGCCUCAAACUCGGAGAGCCACCUGCUUCUGCCUCCUAAGUGCUGGGAUUAAAGGCGUGCACCACCACUGCCACCCAGCAGUUUGGUGCUUCUUUGUGGACAUUCUCUGGCACCUUAGAGAAGACUGAGGGAAUCCUCGAAUUUCCUAGUUUGGCCUGAAAUCAAGAUCAUAUUCUUGGGGUAAGGGACAAAGCGCAACAAUAACAAUUUACAUUUAGAGGGCAUUUCAGUUGGAAAGUUAAGCAUUUAAAGUGGGAAGUUAAAAACUGGACCUUGUAAAUAAUUGUGAGAUACAACUGGCUUGGUGACUCUUACUUGGAAGACCAGUAAUUGAAGCCAAGGCAAGGAGAUCACUGUGAGGUCAGCCUUCUCUCUAUAUUGAGUUACAGGCCAGCCAGGGCUAAGUAGACCAUCUCAAAAAACAAAGGGAUUAAGACUGUAAAAUACCUUCAGGCUUGUUAAAAAACUUAAGCUUUAGAAAUGAGGUCAGGUGUAGUGGCACUUGCCUAUAAUCCAAGCACUUGGGAGGCAGAAGCAGGAGGGUCUCUGUGGGUUUGAGACGAGUGUGUCUCAUAGGGAGUAUCAAGCCAGUCAGGGCUAUACUGUGAGAUCCUAUUUGAAGGGAAAAGAAUGAGGACAACAAUCCAUGUCUGUGAUCCUAACAGUGGAGAGGCCCUGUGUGCUUUGUCUCCCUAGAGCCCUG